UUUCGAUUCAAGACUUUCCAGAAUCCCCCCCAGUUUCGCAAUGUCGUCCCAAAGUUGCAGUCAUGUCGAUGUUCGAGAGUUCGAUGGGCUGCGAAGCUGCCUUGGGUGUGGUGAGACUCGAUUCCACGAACCCUCACUACCAACAGAGGCUGCAAGGCAAGAGCAAGAGUACAUUUACACGGAUUUGAGAUGUCUACAGAGAGGACAAAUGAUCCGAUUGUUGGUCCUGGAGCCCGGCGAUUAUGACGACCCCAUACAAUGCACUCUCAUCCUUUCUGGACUGCAACAUGCAGAGUACGAGGCCGUCUCAUAUACUUGGGCAACUGAAAAUGGAGACGACAGUAAGUCUCAAUCACUGAAAAUUGACAAUAGCGUGUUCUACGUUACAAAGAACUGCGACGCGGCCCUGCGUUGCCUUCGGAAACGGCAGAUACGCAGGCUUUGGCUUGACGCACUGUGUGUGAACCAAGAAAAUAUCAACGAGCGUAACCAUCAAGUCGGGCUUAUGGAUCAGAUUUAUCGCAAUGCAGUACGUGUUCACGUCUGUAUACAGGAUCAUCUCCAGGACCACUCAAUAUGUAUGAGAUGGCUGAACGCGAAGGAAGGGUUUCCAGAGCUACCGAAACACGUGGCGGACCGAUUUGUAGACCUCUUCGCCCUUCGAUAUUUCGGACGUGUUUGGGUCAUACAAGAGGUGGUAAUGGCUAAGAGCGUCAUUUUCCACGUGAACAACGACGUUGCGGAAUGGUCAAAAGAGAUACUCGCAACGCUCAAUUGGAGAGCGCCGCCUCUGAUCAACGCAUUCUUACAAAGAGAUGGAUUCCAGAACGUAGCAGAUGCCCUCCGUACCUCAGUAUCAUCUUUCUGCUCCGAUCCCAGAGAUGGAGUACAUGGCAUAAUCAGCCUCCUGCCACCUCACCUCAGAACGCUGAUUCCGGUCAAUUACUCACUUCAAACUGAAGAAACGUUCGCCAACGCCGUCUUCGCCUGCAUUCGAAGCACGCACAGUCUUGAUGUUCUGCACUUUGUCAGCUUAGAUGGCAAUGAGCCAAACUUGACACUCGCUCGGAGCUUUACGAUGGCACAUUUGCAACGGUACUUAGGGUGGACAGCAUGUGGGCCAGGCGAUAAUAGGGACCUAAUCCUCUUCAACGACGAACACGAGUUCCUUACCUCGUUCAACUUUGAUCAAGACGGACCUCCGACACAAAACCAGACAUCUAGCAUCAUUGCGCUGCCAAAGCAUCGAGUGGACGUUCGUUUGAUAGCCGGGCAAAUACUGCCGUGCUUGAAGAUUCGAGCUCUCCUCAUUGACAUCUCAACUGGCGUAAGCUCUCGGUAUAUCGCUAGUUGCUACGAAGAGAUCACGAGCUCGUGGAAUCACUAUAUGGUCUCUACGCGGCAGAAAAUCGCCGAAGGAUUCCAUUUUCUGCAUCACGAGCUAGGACUCGCCACUACAGGAGGCUCAAAGGAUUUGACACUCAACACGGAAACGGAUUUUCCAGCACCGCAUCGCUGCCCGACGACCAACUCUUUCGUAUCGAAGGAGCAAAGCCGCUAUUUCUGCUUCGAAAAGUGGCACCCGGUAGAUUCAGAAUCGUGAGCGCGUGCCACUGGCAGCAGAUGAGCUCUCCCGACCCGUCAAUGUGGGUUGACAUCGAAGCCAACGCGGUUCGGAACGCGGCGGUGCAGACCCAGACGAUUGAGAUCUACUGACAGAGACAUGCCGUGUCUCUGCACGGAGAAGGGUGGAGGUGGAUUCCCUCAGUCUCCCACCCCGUUUCCAGACCCUGUACUCCAUCCACCAUCCCUCACCAGCCCUCGACAUCCAGCUCUUCCAAAUCCACCCCUGGCCGUCCACCCAAACAAACCCCCCGAGUCCAGUCGCGGUGAAACACCGCCCUCUCCACUACACAGCCGAGCAUGCGUCCACGCACCCCAGCAACUGCAGUGCGCGACCACAACACCUACGCACAUCUCCCAAGACAAGCCAGUUGCAGUCCACCACUCAAGCCACCCCGUCGAACCACACCCCAGCGACACCGCCAACCGCCAACCGCCACCCCACAUCUCACUUCCCAACCCCAUACCCCACACCCCCC